AUGAGCUCCAAAUAUAUAGAAGGAACACUACCUACAGGGAGACAAGGGCUGCUUGAUCAAUACCAUAUAGAUAUGUCGGAAAUAGAUGAGUUAGAGAGGAAACUUAAACAGUUACAGAAACAGAAGAAAGAUGUUCUUCUGAGAAAUCAGAAGGCUCUAUUAGCUGAUAAAAAGCAGAAUUCUGGACAACGAGUACAUGGUGUUGUAGAUACAGAGGAGUCGAUUAAAAGUCAAAAUAAAAGGUACCAGUUGGGAAACCUCUCAGAGAGUGCAAUUAAUUAUUCGAUAAGAGAAUAUGAAGAAUGGGAAACUAGAACUCACCAUUCACGGAAUAACAGAGCAGUUAUGGGAGAUUUCCAAAGUAUUGCGAAGAAUAGUUAUAAGAAAGAAGUACAGAAUCUACCGAAAGGAACAGCGCAUGAGCUUCAAGGUACAAUAACGGAAAAAGGAACAGUAGUGGUUGAAGAUAAUCCUGAACUGAUAGACAAUAUAGCCAAGUCCCUUAACGAACAAGCUAAGAAAAGGUACAUGGUUAGGAAACAAAAGCUUGAAAAGCAAAACAAGGUUGACAUUAAUGAUGGGUUCGUGAACGAUAGCAAUAAAAGGUUCAACUUAAAGUUGAAGGAUGAACUAAAUAAAUGA